CGGAGUGUGCUCUAACUCCUGUUUUACAAAGGGAGAAGAUGGAGUUCAUCAGUAUGUUACUUUUCUUGCUGCAAGUUUCAGGUGCAGCAAGACGAUGCAUUCAAGUGACUGGUGAGGUUGGAGGAUCCAUCACCAUAAAGUGUCCUGUGAAGGACAUUUCCACUCGAAAAUUCUGGUGCAGGGAGCUCGAGAUAGGGGUCUGUGGCACCAUCAUCUCCACCUCUCCAUUCAUCAGUGAGAAUUACAGGAAUAGAAUAUCCAUCACUGAGAGGCCUCAGGAAAGAAUAUUUCAAAUUACAAUCACAAGGCUAGAAGAGGAGGACACGGGGCUGUACACGUGUGGGACAGGAUUUCUAAACGACAAAGGCAGUGGAAGGACCCUCCAAGUGGAGCUGAAGGUUUCUAAUGGGAAUGCUCCACCCAGAAUGGGCAUGUUGUCUGCUGAACCCCUGAGAUGUGACAGACCUAUUGUGGUACCAACAGAGUCUGGCAACAAAGGUGCUGACACUCAAGGAGUCACACAACCACAGAUGACUAAUGGAGCAUGGGCAAAAUAUACCUCCUAUGCUGCACCUGGCAUCAAAUUCCCUGAGAAUACGAUAAUUACGCCUGCAGACGUCACUGGCAGCACUGUUACCUAUGCAGCGUCUGGAAGUAUAACAAAGGGGAUUCCAAAGACUUCCAGGACAAUCGGCUAUGCACAUCCCAGGCAUACAAAGCGCCUCUUGAGAAGCAAUUAUGGGAAUGAUGUCUUUCAAAUCCUGAUACCAAUUCUCCUGAUAAUGCUGCUGCUUGUGGCUUCUGUGAUAAUUGUUAGAAAACAGGUACGAGGGAAGAAAGGCAUUACAAUCUACAUGUCUGGAUGUUUUGGAGAAGCAGCUUCCAGUGAAACCUAUGGAAUAAAUCAGAGGUUGAGUGCGCUCCAACAUGGCCAAGGGCACAUUCCAAUGGAAAAUAUCUACAGCGUGUUACCCCGCAGGCUCGAGGGAGCUGACAGGAACAGUUCUCAUGUACCGCGUGACUCAUAUCACUGCAGAGUUGACUUAUAAGAGCUGCUGUGACUGCACAUCGGUCACCAGGCACAGCUGAGGAAGGACUUGAGGCACACACAAAGCCGCCUCCAAUCAGCACCUGAACCCUACAUGGCAAAGCAUUACUUUGAUGCUGUGACCACGCUGCUCUGCAGAAGCUGCUCUACAUGCUUUCUCCACACAAAGUGCUAAUGCUAAGUUUACAAAGGUACAAUGGAUUUGCUGUGGUUGUUUAAAUGUGAUUUUUCUAGUUUGCUCUGCAGAUCUUGGUCUUGCUUUGCAGAGCUUGGUCUGUACAGAUGGUUGCCAAAACACGCAGGUUCAGGUAAACAUUAAAAGCAGAGGUAAACUUUUCCCCUCAAUAUUUAUUGACUGUGGAUGAAGAUUUCUCCUAUGUAGAGGGCCAGUGCAGGACCGAAGCACCACUUAAAUCCUCAAAUUAGGUUAAUAGACUGAAGUGUUGUCUCAAUUUUGUGCUCUUUGCACAAGAAUGGAUUUCACCCUAUAAGCUCAUUGGCAUUUUGAUAUAGCAUUAAAGUUCAUCUUCAUUGUCAGCUUGAACUAGGUGAAUAUAGUUGGUAAUCCAGUGCCCAGAAAAAGAAGAAGGAGAAUUGUUUUGCAAAAAUUUCUCGUGUUUCAUCAAAUGCAUUUUUGGUGCUAAAUUUCUGAUCAGCUAUGAAACUGGCU